AUGCGCGGCACGCACCGUUGGGAGUUUGUGAGGCGCAAGAGGCAGCAUUUGGAGCUUGGGCGCGCCAAGGCCGUCCCACACGUCCGUUGUCCACCCCACGUACCCGCACGCACCCACGUGACCCCGCCUCCUUGCUCGCCUGCAGCAAGGGAGGGCGCGGCAAGGGAGGGGAUGGCAAGGGAGAGGAGGGCAAGGGAGGCGGCGGCAAGGGGGGAGGCGGCAAGGGAGGAGGCGGCAAGGGAGGAGGCGGCAAGGGAGGAUGCGGCAAGGAGGUGCUCCCCCGUGCGCUUGCUGCGUGCGCUUGCUCCUGUUGCUCCCGCUCGUUCCGCUGCUGCCUGUGCACAUGCUAUGCGGACUACAGGGGAAGGGGGCGAUGAAUGCGACGGAGAGACGCAGAGAAACGGAAUGAGAAUUCGAGCUCCCUCCCAACAUUACCACCAAUUUCCCCGUCAUUCAAGAGCUCCCUUCCAUCAUCCGAAGAGCUACCUUUCAGUUCGCCUUUCUGAGUUCUCAAGGUUCACACCUCUCCCCUCGCGCUUUCCCCUUCCUCCACCCCUCCGCGUCAUUUCUUGA